UUUAGACUUGUAGUUUUAUCUACGCUACAGUUGGCGGCGCUGAGCAGCUUAGCUCGUGUUUGCACUCUGUGAACGAGAGAAGAAGAAACAGGGACAAACAUGGCGGCGUACAUGAGAGGCGUGAUAUGUCUUCUUUCCACGGAGAGAAAUGCCUUCAUGUCGAGGGGAAGCGGCGUUAUAGUGGAAUCGAAGCGGUAUGUACGCGGACUGAGGAGGAAACCUGUCAGAGUCUUGUUCCCUGAAGAUGAGACGGUUGACGUUGACGUAAAGGAGUCAACGCGUCAGUCUCAGCCGGCGGGGCUGAACGUCAAGAGGGAGAGGGAGGUAAAAGUCACCGCUGCACCCAGCAGGCACCAGGAGGAGAGUGACUUUGUGAAGGCGAGGAGUAACGUGCAGUCAGCUGUUAAGGAUGCUCAUGUGACUGGGACAAAGGAUCAAGUGGACGGACUGCGCAUCGAGAGGGCUUUUCCUGGAGACAAAAGACUGGCGAGGUUAGUCAGCGUUGCCCGUUCGAGGACGUUCCGGGAGCACCAGGGUAAAGUCCUGCUGGAGGGCCGGCGUUUGAUCUGUGACGCCCUGGAUGCUGGGGCCAACCCGCAGAUAGUGUUCUUCAGUACGGUGGAUCGGCUCCGGGAGCUUCCUUUAGACAAGCUGAAAAGAGCCACGCUCGUCAAGGUGAAGUUUGAGGACAUCAAGAUCUGGUCUGAUCUCGUGGCCCCACAAGGGGUGAUAGCCAUAUUUUCUCGCCCGGACCCCUCACGGCUGAACUUCGCAAAUAGUGAUCAUUCAGUGCCGUUGUCCCUGAUAUGCGACAACAUCCGAGACCCUGGAAACCUGGGGACUAUAUUGCGAUGUGCUGCUGCUGCUGGCUGCCAUAAUGUCCUGCUCACUAAAGGUUGUGUUGAUGCUUGGGAGCCUAAAGUUCUGCGUGCCGCAAUGGGCGCCCAUUUCCGUCUCCCCAUCUACCCCAGCUUGAGCUGGGAUGAGGUUGAAAAUCACCUCCCUAAACCUGUGACUGUCCACGUGGCUGACAGCAGCUGUGACAUAAGCAGAGAAACGAAUGAUUCGCAGGUUUCUCACAAACCGUCCAAAGCAGGUGACUAUGGCUGGGUCAGCGCGAAGCCUAAUAACAAAAAGAUGCGCUACGAGGAGUACGGUUCUGAUUCUGACUCGGAUAAUGAAUUUGAGGGACUCUCACUUCCCAGAGUGGACACGAAGCUGUACCACGAGAGCUGGGCUCAGAGCCCCACUGCUCUGGUGGUUGGUGGAGAGACACACGGUCUGAGCGUAGAAGCGGUCCAGUUGGCUGAGAAAACGGCCGGCCACAGGCUCCUUAUUCCCAUCAUGCCUGAUGUGGACAGCUUGAAUUCAGCCAUGGCCGCCAGUAUCCUUCUGUUUGAGGGCAGGAAGCAACUGUUAAAGCUAAUGCAGACGUCUGGGAGGAAAUGGAAAUCCAAAGCUGAGCAGCAGCUUUCAUGAUGUUUGUUCUGAAUAUCAGUACGUGACUUGUGGUGUACAUGUGUGCAAAUAAUUAAAACACUGAAUUUCUGUGAUAGAAUCGUCUGAA